CGGACUUUCCGAUUAAUAGAAUGUUAUUAUGCAUUGUACAAAGAAACAAUUACGUAUUGUGAAAUUUUUAAAUGUUUAAAGUUGUUUUAUUAUAAGAAUGAUUUGUUACACGGAUUUUUUAUUAUUUAUUUUUUCUUGUCAAUUUUUUCCUCUCUACUCGGUUGUUUUCUUAAACCGGAUGAACGGGUCUCUUUUGAUUAUGUUUUUUAGGAAAAGUGGCCAUUUGUCCUACUGUCUUACUUUUCCUUCAUUCUUUUUAUCACGUGAAUUUUAGGCGUAAAAUAUUUUAUAU